CAUGUGUGACAUAAAACUGGAGACUGAAGAUCUAGAAAUAUGCCGUGGCUGCCUCAGUUCAAAUAGGAGGCUGUCUUUUGUGGAAACUGCCGUGUAUCUACCUCUUUUGACGGAAGACCAAAUACCCGAACUGGAUCUUAUGGAGCAUAUAGCUUUGUGUUGGGAGUGCAUGGCUCUGCUGCGCAAGAUAUGUGGGUUCCGGGCACAGGUCCAGAAAGCACAUAUGAUCCUGCAAGAUUCCUUACAACUUUUACUAACAAAACCUACUUUGUCUACUCUUUCCAUCCAUCAAAACUUUGAAUAUGAUGCAGUUUUUGAAGAACAAACACUGCAUGAAUUACCAUUUUUUUAUAAAACACCGAUCUCAACUGUAGAACAUGAUAAAGUUAUUGUGCCCACAAAAUACAAAACCAAGGUAACAAAAACCGAAAUAACACAUAUGAAAACUUGUAAAGUUGUUUUACACGAUAUUUUUAAAAAUAAUAUUAAAUCUGAACAUCUCAGUGAUCAUAGUGAUGGUAAUGAGAAUUUUGGAGCUGAUGAUAGCUGCAGUUCCUCUGAAGAAAUUACAGAAACAAAACACGAUAUCAGAGAUAUUUUAUCACUAGUGAAACAACCAAAUUUACAAAAGGGACUAAACACAACUAAAGAAAUAAUUCAAACUCCAGCAACACUGAAACUGGGCCAGAAAUCACAAAAAUUAAUUGACACCAAAAAGGUUGCACCAAAAAGAAGAACAGUUAACACAGCACAAACACUUUCAGUAAAAAAAGUAAAACACAAUUCAAGUAAAGAUGGUAAAAACAAAUGUGAAACUAAAGCACUAGAAUCUUUAAAUAUUGAUAAUAAAACAAAAUUGAAAGUAAAGGAUGAUAUUUGUUCAGACGAUGAAGACGACAAUGCUGAUUUAAAUCAUAGUGAAUUUGAAACACAAGCAAGAAAAGAAAAGCAGUCAAAGUUACACGCAGAUAUCAAAAUAAACGGCGAUAAUAAACAGAAAAAAACAAAAAGAAAGAGGAAAAAAGGUAUAAAAUUCAGGGAAAUAAAAACUAGAUAUAGAAAUAUUGAACAGGUUCUGCCAUAUUUUCAAGAAAUCGAAAUGAAUGAGCAAGAUUUAAAGACCACCUUGGAAAAAGAUGAUGCCAUUGUUGAUAAACGCAAAACCCAUAAAUGUAGUAUAUGCGGUGUGACACGUACGCUUCACGUACACUUAAAUGGACAUGCAUUACAAAAACAUAGAAAAACUCAUCCUGAACACAUAAUAAAUGGAAUUUUCCACAACCCGGCCCCAGUGUUGCCGCAAAAGUCCGUCUGGCGCUGCGGCGUUUGUGCCAGAAUGAUGCGGAGGGAACAUAUAGUCGCACAUAUGAAUGAAUUCCAUGUUCGUCGAUUUUGGUGCAAUUUUUGUGAAUGGAGCUUGAAGCCUUUUUGGAAAGUAGAGGAUCGUAAAAGACACUGGAACGAAAUUCAUAGACGAUUCAUAUGUGACAUAUGCCAAAUACGCAGGAGGUCAAAAAAGUUGAUGGAGUUUCAUAUUGAAGAAACUCAUAUGCCUCCAAACCAACGCCGUACGCACCAAUGCCCGCACUGCCCGAACACAUACCGAGAGCGCAAGUCUCUAUUCGAGCACCACAGAGACGCCCACAAGCCCCCGGAGCCGGUCGAGCUGCGGUACUGCGUCGCGUGUGACAUCACCUUUAAGAGAAUCUAUAGCUUCGAGGUCCACUUCCGUAAUCAUCACUCAGGGAUGCCCAAAAAGACGUUCCCGUGCCCACAAUGCGGCAAGGUUCUGACCAAGAAAUCCCAUCUCAAGAAUCAUAUGAGCAUCAUUCACGCAUCAGGCAUAACCAACUACCGCUGUCAUAUCUGUGGCAAGGUAACAGCUAUAAUACCCCGUUUAGAAGCCGAAAUUAAUGUCAUACACGGUGUUUUUUUAAACUCCGUCACAGAAUAA